AAAAUGAGGGGUUUCGUUUUGAUUGGGUUAUUGGUAUUUUGAGAGGAUGAGUGUUUCGAGCUGCGUGUUGCAGGUGGGGUGGAUAAGAACUCCACACAGCUUCUUUGAUUGGAAGAUUGGGAGGGGCAAAGGCAAAGCCGAUGAAAGACCUCACCCCAAUUACCAUGAUGUUGCUCUUCCCUUCCCAUCUUCCCUCGUUGCCAACACUUUCCUAAGUGGCAGGGAACUGAAAUGCUGCUACAAGGCCACCACUGAUGGAUUCAGCGCCACCUCCUUCCACAAUUGCUGCGAUUUCAAAGGACCCUGUGUUAUAAUUGGCUACACGAACAACAGGUCCUUCAAGUUUGGUGCAUUCAACCCUGAAGGCUACAGAAGCACUGAUGACUACUAUGACACUUUUGAUGCCUUCCUCUUCUACUGGAAAGACACUGAGGCCCACCCUGAAACUGAACCCGUUGUUCUGCCCAAGGUAGGGGGCAGUGGCGCAGCCCUCUUCGACUACGCUCGAGGCGGGCCCCAGUUCGGGGCUGACGGCCUGCUGAUCGGGCCUCCACUUGCUCCGGUGAUGGGUGGAUUCGCCGGACCGGAUACUAAUUCCGGCAUUGGUGAUCUGAGGCAGGGUAAGUCCAGAUUGGGGUUGUCUUAUGCUAAGAGAGAAGAUGGCAAGGAAUCAUUGUUUGGGAAUGAGUCUAAGGCUACUAUUGAUGAAGUCCUAGUGUUUUGCAGCCCUCAAAUUGCAAGCCUGUACUAAAUACAUAAAUAGUUCGAGCUACCGAUCUAAGAUACAUUUUGGCUUGUUACAGUA